CCUUAGCUCUUGCAUUUCCCCACACCCACCAAACAUACAUUACCUUACUCGUUAUUUUUAUAUUCUUCAAAGAUCAUGGCUGUUGUUACUACUCAGACUGAGAUUGCUACUGCAGUUCCCCCAGCCAAGUUGUUCAAGGCUUUACUCUUUGAAGCUCAUGUCUAUGCCCCUAAAAUUCUCCACCAGUUCAUCAAAAGCAUCGAUAUUCUUCAGGGAGAUGGAGGUGCUGGAACUAUUAAGAAAACCAACUUUGUAGAAGGGUUUGGAGUCUACUUAAAGGUCAAGGUAGAUGCAGUAGAUGAAGCCAACUUGAAAUUCGUCUACACUGCGUUUGAAGGUGAGCCGUGGGUAGAUACGGUAGAAAAAGCUACGUAUGAGACACAAGUAGUAGCUGCUCCUGGCGGAGGAUCCAUCUACAAGGCCACCAACAAGUACUACCCUAAGGGCAACGCUGAGAUCGAUAUCAGCAAAAUCAAGGAUGCUGAAGAAAAAACCGAAGGACUUGUCAAGGCUGUUGAAGCCUAUCUUGUGGCAAAUCCUGAUGCCUGAAA